ACAAAGACAGAGGUGGAGAGGAAUAUAUACGUUUAUUGCAAGGGUAUUGUAAUUUUGUAGCAAGGGAGUCUCUUAGCAAAAAACUCACCGACUCCACUGAGUUGACAUGACUUAACCCAACGGCGAGUCUCCAAAAUCAGUUCAAUUUCACGACGUUCAGAUGGUGAGGGGCAUAAUCAAGCCAUUGCCGGAAACUGUUAAGAGUUCCGUUCGUUCUGGUGUUUUGGUGUACGAUUUCACAAGGGUGGUGGAAGAGCUCAUUUACAACAGUCUCGAUGCUGGUGCGACAAAGGUAUUUGUUGCUGUAGCUGUUGGCACAGGUUACAUCAAAGUGACAGACAAUGGUUGUGGUAUUACUAGGGAUGGACUGGUGCUUUUGGGUGAAAGAUACGCAACAUCGAAAUUUGACCUGAUUGGUGACAAGGACACUACUGCUGGAAGUUUUGGUUCUCGCGGGGAGGCACUGGGAUCUAUUUCAGAUGUAUCAUUAUUAGAAAUUGUUACAAAAGCUCAUGGGAGACCCAAUGGCUAUCGUAAGGUCAUGAAGGGGUGCAAGUGUUUAUAUCUCGGAAUUGAUGAUAAUAGACAUGAUGUGGGCACAACAGUCACAGUUCACGAUUUAUUUUACAACCAACCAGUUAGGAGAAAACAAUUGCAGUCCAGUGCCAGGAAGGUUCUGCACAUACUCUCAGAAUGUGUACUUAAGAUUGCCAUUGUCCAUUUGAAGGUCAACAUUAAAGUUUUUGAUAUUGAGAGUGAAGACGAAUUGCUCAGUGCACAUCCGUCGUCUUCUCCUUUGCCAUUAUUAAAGAGUGGCCUUGGCCUUGAUCCUUCCAUUAUGCUACAUGAAUUCGAUGUAUCUGAUGGUAUAUUAAAGAUUUCUGGAUACAUAUCUGGUCCUGGUAAAACGUUUCCUGGAAAGGCAGUCCAAUAUGUCUAUAUCAAUUCGAGGUUCGUUUGGAAAGGGCCCAUUCAUAAAUUGUUGAGUCAGUUAGCAGCCAAGUUUGAUGAUAUAGGUACAUCUAAUGAUUUUAGUGGUCCUGGUAAUGGAAAGAGAAGCAGGAGUCAAACUAAUCCAUCAUACAUCUUGAACUUGAGUUGUCCAUCAUCUCUUUAUGAUUUGACAUUUGAACCAUCAAAGACUUCUGCCGAAUUCAAGGACUGGGAUCACAUACUUACCUUCCUUGAGAAGGCAAUAACAAAUAUCUGGAAUAAAUGCAUGCUUAAUGGACAUUGCCUCAGUGAUGAUGCUUUGCGAAAUGAUAACACGUGGAAGGAAGGUAUCAAUUCUGUUACAACAGAAGACAUGGAAUCACAUUACGAAAAGAAAAGAAAGAGAUGCGAACAUCAAUUAUACCAGGCUGCUCUGGAAGUUCCUCUCCAUCGCAAGAUGCUAAAAGAGUCGUUUAAUUAUAUGUCUCCCUGUAGUGGCAAUACAUUUUCUGGUCUGAAAUCGAGCAGAACUACUAGUGAAAGUGAGAAGAACCAAGAGAAGAUAUCUUCUACAGCGCAGCUGUGUGAUGGAGCACUUUCCCUUUUCAGAGAGGCAAUUGACCAAGAAAAUGGAUGCCAUCUGGAGGCGCCUGUGAGUAAAGUGUACUUUGCUGAAGAUCAUCUCUUCGAAAAUAAAGUUACCGCAGAAAUAUCCAAUGAGCAUAUGGAUUCCCUAAUGGAGGCAAAAUGUAACAUGUCACAUAUAGAUGAUGAUGGCAUAACUGACAUGUUAGCAGUGAGCGGGUCUGCUCAUUGUUUUGAAGCCAGCAAUGAUGUAGAGGAGAUCAGUGACACUCUUAAUGUUAAUAAAUACUUUCUAAAGGGCUGCUCUUCACGGCGAGGCCUCUCACCUGGUAAAGCAUUUUCUCUAAGUAAAGGAAUCAAUUUCAAAAGCAAAGGACUUGAAAGCCAGGAACAUUGUACUGACCGUGCUUGUGAAGUUGGCGUCAGAGUAGUUGUUGAUAGCCCAAUACAUGAAUCAGGGAAAGAUGAAAGAGCUAGUGUGUGGUGUUCCCCAGGGUUUACAAAUAAAGAUGUCAUGUUUAUGGGUCCAGACACCACAACAAGAGCACCGAUGCAAUUAUUUCAGAUGGUAGCUUGUUUUGACGAAGAUACUGAUCUUUCACUUGACUUGGGAAAUCAAUUUCAAAAGUAUGGCCCAAGAGAAUCAUCUUCAAAAUUUGGAUGGUCUUGUGUGACACCAGAUAGUUCUGCAGAGACCAAAUUUAUGGAAGCAGAUCAUGUUAGUAAUGACGCUGUGCAAGACAAGUGUAAAAUGAACAGUUACCACUAUUCAGGAGAUAAAGGCUGCAUUUCUGGUUUUGAUAAUAUGGGAUAUAACUUUGGCCACUUAAACUGCUUUGCUUCCAGUCGUAUAGAGGAUUCAGGACUUGGUGAUUAUCCUAGCUCCCAGAAAGAUGCAUGUGAUUUUCGCGUUGAUGAUGUAGAGUAUGAUUUUUUACCAAAUGUUUUUGAUUUCCACUCUGACAAAGUGAAAGGGUCAUGUUCAAAACCUGUUGAUAGAGAUAAAGGUAGAAGUGAUGCUGCAUCAUCAAGUCGUGUUUUUUUAUGGAAUAAUGAAGAUGCUAAUGCAGAUGGAAGAUCUGAAAUCAGAGGUGGUGAGAAGGCAUAUGGAAAACGACCAAGAAGCCAUUCUGCGCCACCUUAUUAUAGAGGCAAGAAGAAAUUCUCAAUCUUGAACAGUUUAUCAUAUACGGAGGCACUAAAUGCACAGGUAGUGAGCACCCAUGAUGCUUCAAUUUUAAAAGAAACUUAUGUUGUGGAGAACAACAAACAGUUGUCUGGUGUAUGUCGUCCAUCCUCUAACCUAUAUUCUGUGAAUGGUUUGAUUAAUAAUAUGAGGCCAGAUAUGAGGAGAGCAGGCUUUAAUGAAGCUCAAGAUUGUGAAACGCCAACUGACUUUCAAAACUUCCAUGCCAACAUGCACUCUGAAGGGAAAAGCCUAGAAACUAGAGAUUUACCAGCUUCUAAAAUGAAAUGGCGGAGCAGCAGUCAAUUAAGUACAAGCGAAGAAAAUUCAAAUAAUCUUCACAACAAGGAUGCAGAUAUACUUGACAUCUCUUCAGGGAUAUUGCACCUUGCGGGUGAUGUGUUAGUUCCCAAAGUCAUUGAGAAGGACGCUCUCAGGGGUGCCAAAGUUCUUCAGCAGGUUGACAGGAAAUAUAUUCCUGUUGUGGGUGGUGGGGUACUUGCUUUUAUUGACCAGCAUGCAGCAGAUGAGAGAAUACGGCUAGAAGAGCUGCGUUCUAAGGUCCUCGCUGGAGAAAUGAAGACAAUGACCUACUUGGAUGUAGAGCAAGAGUUGGUUUUGCCUGAAUUUGGGCAUCAGUUGCUGCAGAACUAUGCUGAAUUGAUACGGAAUUGGGGUUGGAUCUGCAGCAUUAAUACUCAAAGUUCAAGGAAUUUUAAAAAGAACUUGAAACUUCUACACAGUCAAUCAUCUGUGGCUACACUGAUUGCGCCAGAAACUACAACAGAGCACUCAAUAGUUUUCUACUAGGCUGAAGACUUUUUGAUACAUUCCUGUCUUACAAAGAAUUAGGCAGGCUUCUUGUUGCUUAUAGGCUUUUAGGGGGUCUGCUGAAGGUACCUUGGCACCAAUGCUACUCUAAUUUGUUUUAUUUGUUUUAAUUCCGUAUCUUCUCAGUUUCCAGUUAUUUUUCCUUUGUUACCUUAAAAACAGAAUCAGUAGAUUAAUGUGCACAGAAGUUGAAAUCAUCACUUGCUUCGUUACUCUCAUUACUUGAAGUAAGAACUAUUCUUGCGUGAGAAACUUGUUUAUGAACAUGAAAUUUGUCAACAUGUUGAAGAUAACCACAUCAUUAAAUUAUCGAGAUUUCACAAAACUCUAUCUCAGAUAAUAUUGUAUCUAUUAGCAUUGUACAGAUACAAUUAAGACAUUACACACACACACACACACACGUAAUUAUAGAGGGUUGAGUUCUAUGUAGACUAUAUAUUCUGCAAGAAGAACAUUACAAAAUAUAUUAUUAUGUAAAACGUGUUCAGCUUGGAGUACAUAUAUGGUUUUCGAGUCUCCAACAAAACAGUGGUCUCCAUAUAAAUUUUCCCUAUGUAUAUAUGUAGUACAAUUAAGCUUGUUAUUAAUUUGAUUCUG